GUAGGAAAACAGACAAGAUGGCGUCGGGUGAUGGCAAGCUCGGGAGUUUGUUAGAACACCACGUCCAAAGGGCCGUGUGCGACACGCGGGCCAAAUAUCGGGAGGGCCGACGACCUCGCGCUGUCAAGGUGUAUACAAUCAAUUUGGAAUCUCGUUACUUAAUAAUACAAGGAGUUCCUGCAGUGGGAGCCAUGAAGGAAUUAGUUGAGCGAUUUGCUCUAUAUGGUGCUAUCGAAGAAUAUAAUGCUCUUGAUGAAUACCCAGCAGAAGACUUUACAGAAGUUUAUCUUAUUAAGUUUGUGAAUUUGCAGAGUGCAAGGAUAGCCAAGAAAAAAAUGGAUGAACAAAGUUUCUUUGGUGGAUUGCUUCAUGUAUGCUAUGCUCCAGAAUUUGAGACAGUUGAAGAAACUAGAAAGAAAUUAGAAGAAAGGCAGGCUUAUAUAACAAGAGCUACUAAAACUAAAGACUAUUACAAGUCAAAGAGGAAAGUGAUUCCAGAACAUAAGCACAAAGAUUUUAGAUCAGACUUCCACUCAGAUAGAUCUGGAUUUUGUGCAGCUUCUUUGAAGACUUCUGGGAACUCAACUACUUGUCUUCCUUAUUCUUGUGAAUUGCCUUUAUGUUAUUUUGCCUCAAAAUGUACCUGUUCAUCUGGGGAGCACAUGGACAGACCAUCAAAUUCCUACAAGGAUGAUAGUAACCAUAAUGAAGCUGUGAAGUAUUGUAAUCAUACUAACUCUUCACAGAAAGUGCCAUUAAACACUUUUAAGAAUCCAGUACCUUGCUUGAAUGCACAAAAAGACCUUAUUUCAUCAGAGGCAGUUGACAGAUUUAUGCCUAGAACAACACAACUACAGGAACGGAAAAGAAGAAGAGAAGAUGACCGUAAACUUGGAACUUUGCUUGAAACAAGCACAAGCAGUAAUGAGGUUAUAAUUGGACCUAAAUUACCAGACAUACCUAAAGUAGAUUUGCAGGAUGACUCCUUGAAUACAACGGCAAACUUAAUUCGGAAUAAACUUAAGGAGGUAAUUUCAUCUGUACCAAAGCCUUCAGAUGACAAGUUGGAACAUUCGUGUCCAAGUCGUCCAUUAAAACAAAGAAGAAGAAUAUAGCUUGCCAUUAACAAAAUUCUUGAAAGAAUCCAAAGAGUAACCAGAAGAACCCAGAGAACACCAGAAGAGUAAAACAUCAUCCCACUGGGACAAAUCAGCGCUUAGUAUUAGACAAAAUUGUAAAUUGGGAGGUCAUUGUCUUUGGCAUUCCCAAGGAGUGAGCUCCAUUGUAGCACACUUCCCUUUGAGCUUAGAUUACCUUCAUCUUUCUCUCCUCAGUGAUCUGUAACAACUCCCAACAUUGUGAGUUUCAACAUCAGGUGGUUAGUGUGUGUUUAAUCUGGUUCUGUGUCAACCCCUCACACAUUUUCUUUGGUGGAAUGACAAAGGAUGGCCCCAAAGGAUUUGUACAGCUGCAAAUCAGGCCCUGUUUCAUGCUGUGCCCAGAAGGCAGCCUUAGAAACUAAACCUUGCCAGCUGAUCAGAGUUGAUACAAGCCUGACCCUGAACUGCUAUUAGUCUGGACCAUAAUCCAAAGACAUCCUAAUGACACUUGAUUAUUAAAGAAAAAAACUGAAGGCAAUGAUUUGGGGCCAUAGGGCUAGGGACUCUCCCAUGACCUUAUAAUUAGGGCACUUUGGCUUUUCUCCUCCUUUCUUUUUCUUUCCUUCCUUCCUUCCCUCUUUUUCUUCUCUGUCUCU